UAACUAAACUCAAAAUUUUAUCACCUUUGGAAAUAAUAAUGUCAAAUACUGCUUGUGUUGUGGGGAAUUCAACCAAAUUGUUUACUCUGAUCACAGAAAAUUUCAAGAAUGUUAAUUUUACUACUAUCCAAAGGAAAUACUUCAAUGAAACAAAAGGAUUAGAAUACAUUGAACAGUUAUGCUUAGCGGAAUUCAGCCCUGUCCUAAUGGAAGUUCAGUCCAAGUAUUACUGCCUUGCAGCUGUUGCGGCUUUGUUAAAAUAUGUUGAAUUUAUUCAAAAUUCAGUUUAUGCCCCAAAAUCACUGAAGAUUUGUUUCCAGGGUAGUGAACAGACAGCCAUGAUAGAUUCAUCAUCAGCCCAAAACCUUGAAUUGUUAAUUAAUAAUCAAGACUGUCGGAAUAAUCACACUCUCUUUGGUGUUCUAAAUUAUACUAAGACUCCUGGAGGGAGCAGAAGACUUCGUUCUAAUAUAUUAGAGCCUCUAAUUGAUAUUGAGACCAUUAACAUGAGGUUAGAUUGUGUUCAAGAACUACUUCAAGAUGAGGAACUUUUUUUUGGACUUCAGUCAGUUAUAUCCAGGUUUCUUGAUACAGAACAACUUCUUUCUGUUUUAGUCCAAAUUCCAAAGCAAGACACGGUCAAUGCAGCUGAAUCAAAGAUAACAAAUUUAAUAUACCUAAAACAUACCUUGGAACUCGUGGAUCCUCUAAAGAUUACUCUGAAGAACUGUAACACGCCUCUAUUAAGGGCUUACUAUGGUUCCUUGGAAGACAACAGGUUUGAAAUCAUACUUGAAAAGAUUAAAACAGUAAUUAACGAUGAUGCAAGGUACAUGAAAGGCUGCCUGAACAUGAGGACUCAGAAGUGCUACGCAGUCAGGUCCAACAUCAAUGAGUUCCUCGACAUAGCGAGAAGGACAUAUACAGAGAUCGUAGAUGACAUAGCAGGAAUGAUAUCACAACUUGGAGAAAAAUACAAUCUUCCUUUAAGAACAAGUUUUAGCUCUGCUCGGGGAUUUUUUAUCCAGAUGACUACAGACUGUACAGCUCUGCCCAGUGAUCAGCUUCCUUCAGAAUUUAUCAAGAUUUCUAAAGUGAAAAAUUCUUAUAGCUUUACUUCAGCAGAUUUAAUUAAAAUGAAUGAAAGAUGCCAAGAGUCUUUGCGAGAAAUCUAUCACAUGACUUACAUGAUCGUGUGCAGGCUGCUGAGUGAGGUUUACGAGCAUGUUCAUUGCCUGUACAAACUCUCUGACACUGUGUCCAUGCUGGACAUGCUGCUGUCAUUUGCGCAUGCCUGCACCCUUUCUGACUACGUUCGGCCAGAAUUUACUGAUACUUUAGCAAUCAAACAGGGGUGGCAUCCCAUUCUGGAAAAAAUAGCUAUGGAAAAACCUGUUGCCAAUAAUACGUAUAUUACAGAAGGGAGUAAUUUUUUGAUCAUAACUGGACCAAAUAUGAGUGGGAAAUCCACGUAUUUAAAACAGAUUGCUCUUUGUCAGAUUAUGGCCCAGAUUGGAUCCUAUGUUCCAGCAGAAUAUGCUUCCUUUAGAAUCGCUAAGCAGAUUUUUACAAGAAUCAGUAAUGACGAUGAUAUUGAAACAAAUUCAUCAACGUUUAUGAAGGAAAUGAAAGAGAUAGCAUAUAUUCUACAUAAUGCUAAUGACAAAUCACUAAUAUUAAUUGAUGAACUUGGCAGAGGUACCAAUACAGAAGACGGUAUUGGCAUCUGUUAUGCUGUUUGUGAAUAUCUACUGAGCUUAAAGGCAUUUACACUGUUUGCUACACAUUUUCUGGAACUGUGCCAGUUAGAUGUCCUGUAUCUUAAUGUGGAAAACAUGCAUUUUGAAGUUCAGCAUGUAAAGAACACUUCAAGAAAUAAAGAAGCAAUUUUGUAUACCUAUAAACUUUCAAAGGGACUCACAGAAGAAAAAAAUUAUGGAUUAAAAGCUGCAGAGGCGUCAUCACUUCCAUCAUCAAUUAUUUUGGAUGCUAGAGAAAUCACAACUCAAAUUACAGGAAAAAUUCUACAAACCCAAAGGAGUACCCCUCCUGAGAUGGAAGGACAGAGAGCUGUGUACCAUCUAGCCACGAGGCUUGUUCAGACUGCCAGAAAUUCUCAGUUGGAUCCAGACAGUUUACGAACAUAUUUAAUUAAUCUCAAGAAGAAGUAUGAAGGUGAUUUUCCCAGGGCUGAACAAGUUCCAGAAAAGACUGAAGAAUAAUGACAAUUCAUAUCUUACACUAUUGAAAUAAUAUAUGUUAAU